CGUCGCUUCGACUCAACCACCGGUUUGUUGUUAUCAGCUCAGCUGUGUUGUCUUUCACGUCUCCGUUCCGUUCUGCUUGAACGAAAGGAAAGGCGUCUUCGACGUCACCCUUGCCUGCGUGUGAAGUGGUCCCCAGCCGGCCGGACUGUGUGAAUCCUGCAAAUUGUCACGGCCCCACGCCGUGAUUCGGGGAGCAACAAGGCCUGAGAACUCUAACCUAGCCGUCCUGCUGUCAAGCACUGUCAAGCACUGUCAAGGCGAUCGAGGCUGUCAAGAUGGUUCGCGUCGCCUUCCUGCACCCUGACCUGGGCAUUGGAGGCGCAGAGAGGCUCGUGGUUGACGCUGCCCUCGCACUGCAAAGCAGAGGCCACUCAGUCCGCUUCGUGACAAACCACCAUGACAAGAGCCACUGCUUCGAGGAGACGAGGAAUGGCACCUUUCCAGUCACUGUGGUCGGGGACUGGAUUCCACGAAGCAUCUUUGGCUUCGCCUUCGCGCUCUGCGCUUACAUACGAAUGAUAUAUGCUGCAUUGUACAUUGUGCUGAACAGUAACGUUGAAGCAGAUGUUAUAUUUUGUGACCAAAUUUCCUACGCUGUUCCCAUUUUACAUCUACGGUUUUCCAGGGUAUUGUUUUAUUGUCAUUUUCCCGACCAACUGCUGAGUAAACCUGGAGGUACUCUUAAAAGAAUGUACCGUGCCCCUCUUAAUUGGAUUGAAGAAAAGACAACAGGUCAAGCUGAUAAAAUAGUUGUCAACAGUAAAUUUACCAGGAGUAUUUUUAAGUCUACGUUUAAGAACUUAACAAAGCUCCCAGAUGUCCUGUAUCCUUCCAUCAACACUGAUCUAAUUGAUGGGACAACUCCAGAGUCUCUGGCAAGUGUGUUGCCAGUAGAGCUCCCUGUCAAUGCAUUUGUAUUUUUAUCAAUUAACCGCUAUGAAAGGAAGAAAGACUUGGGAUUGGCUCUGUCAGCAUUAGGGCAUCUCAAGACCAUCUUGACUCCUGAACAAUUUGAUAAUGUUCGUGUUGUAAUGGCAGGUGGUUAUGAUCGCCGUGUCAUAGAGAACAUUGAUUAUUAUGCUGAAUUGGUUGUUCAAGCUGAUGAACUAAAGGUUUCCUCUCAAGUUAUAUUUUUAAAGUCUCCUUCUGAUGCCCAGAAACUCGCAUUACUUGUGGGUUGUCACUGUGUUCUUUACACUCCAACUAAUGAGCAUUUUGGUAUAGUCCCACUCGAAGCUAUGUACACAUCUAAACCUGUCAUUGCCACAAACAGUGGUGGGCCCACAGAGACUGUAGUUGAUAGUAAGACAGGAUAUUUAAGGAAGCCUGAUGCAAAAUCUUUUGCCGAUGCUAUGGCAGUGUGUGUGAGAGAUCGUGAAAAAUGUAAAAACUUGGGAAUAGAAGGUCGAAAGCGCUUCAGAGAUCACUUCUCUUUCAAGGCGUUUACUAAUCAGUUGGAUACUUAUAUCAAAGAUCUUAUGAAUGAUGAAAAGAGUGACUGUUUACCAUACCACAUUUUUCAAAAAAAAAUUCUUAGAGUCAGUGAUGCAGGUUCCGCGAGUAGUUUUGGAAAAUUCAAGGAUUCCCUGAAAGAAUGUGCCUUUUCUCGUAACUUUAUUUUGAGGCGUUUUUCUGUGGCUAAAGAUGGCUCUGAGUCUCCUUCCCAAAUUUCUUCUGAAACUAGUACUGAACCGGAGGUUGAACCUAACCCAACAAACACUUCUGCUAUUUCUGCCAUAUCUGAAACUAAAUUUGAGGAUUCUCGUAAGUCCAGAAAGAUUGAUGCCUUGAUUAAACCAGCAGUGCAAGGAGACGCUUCAGAGAGUUUUGCCAAAUUAUUUAGAGAAUCCAACUUUACUAAUUUGGGUAAUCCUAGAGGAAAACUUGUCUAUGGAACUAUUUAUCGGAUUGUGGGCGACGACAUGUACAUAGAUUUUGGUUGGAAAUUCCCUUGUGUUGUGAAGAAACCAUCAGAAGAUGCUCACCUAUAUGUUAACAAAGCAGAAGUUAAAUUGAGGAUCAUUGAUCUUGAGAUGUCAACCAUAUUUUUAGGGGCUGAGAAAGAAACCUCACUCAAUGAAGCCAAUUGCCUUCUAGUUGGCCUUGUCAAAUCUCCCCUUGGUGUUCCUUCAAAUCAAGGAUCUGCAUCCUAUUAAUGUUGUGUUAGUCAGAGUAGCUAUUAAACUGUUUCUUGUAAGUAUUGGUCAUUAAGGAUAAGAAAUACACCAAAUGUACACUUAAA